AAACCCAAACCCCAUUGGAUUUGGAUUCAAUUUUUCAGAGAUGGAAAGCUUCUUCAAGAACGCUGUUUUUCUCUUCUGCUUUCUCUUUGUAGUGAAGGUUGCAGAGCUCCAAGAUGCCAAAGAUGAAUGCCUAACCAAAAGUGCAACCACCAUACCAUCCGAUUCCCGUUCUGGCUAACGGGACAACAACCGGAACACUGGGGCUAUCAUGGGUUUGAACUCUCCUGCGAAGACAAGCAGACUGUGCUCGAGUUGCCAUGGAAUGUAAAGUUGUUCGUGAAGCGUAUAGAUUACAAAGCAAAGAGGAUUCAGUUAUAUGAUCCUCAGGGUUGCCUUCCCCUGCAACUUCCCAAUCUCAAUUUAUCAGCAUCUCCCUUUCAGUACUUGAGACAAACUCCCUUCUCGUUCAAUUAUGCGGAGUCAAAGAGAACGUUACUCAACAUAUCCGAGACAGCGGUAUACGAAGAAAUGUUGUAUUACCAGACAGGGGAUGUUCAUUUGAGUUGGUCCCAACCAGAUUGUAGUAAAUGUGAAGAAGUCCUCAACAAUUUCAAAGCAACUGGAGAAGAAUUCAUUAAUGAAGUUGGAUCAAUGUGCAGAAUCCAUCAUGUCAACGUCACUCGCUUGAUUGGAUUUUGUGCGGAUGGAAAUAAACGAGCUCUUGUUUACGAGUACAUGCCAAAUGGAUCAUUGGAGAAGUUUAUCUUUGCAACCAGAAACCAAAGUCGUUCCCUCAGUUGGGAGAAUCUUCAAGAUAUUGCAAUAGGAAUAGCGAAAGGAAUUGAGUACCUGCACCAAAGUUGUGAUCAACAAAUCCUUCAUUUUGACAUCAAGCCUCACAAUAUCUUGCUAGACCAAAACUUCAAUACGAAGAUCUCCGACUUUGGUCUACGAAAGCUGUGUUCCAAAGAACAAAGUGCUGUUUUCACGACAGCAGCCAGAGGAACAAUGGGAUAUAUUGCACCUGAAGUACUGUCUAGGAACUUUGGAAAAGUGUCAUAUAAAUCAGAUGUUUAUAGUUUUGGAAUGCUAUUGUUGGAAAUGGUAGGAGAAAGGAAGAAUAUUGACAUCACAGUGGGGAGUACAAGCCAAGUUUAUUUCCCGGAAUGGGUGUAUAAUUGCUUGAAGAGAGGAGAAGUGCUGGGGAUUAGAAUAGAAAAUGAAGGCCAUGCCAAGAUAGCAAGAAAACUUACAAUUGUUGGGCUUAAUUUGGUGCAUCCAGUGGUACCCAACAGACCGACCAUCAAUGAAAUCAGUGGUUCAUAUGUUGGAAGGAGAAGCAGACAGUUUGACAAUGCCACCAAAUCCCUUUGGCCAUGCAGAUGGAGCGCAGACAAGUGCCAACAUCCUUAGGAGACCAAUUAACAGAGAUUUAGCAGUAAUCUCUGAAUUAGAAUAUGAUGGAAAUUCUUUCUAUUCUACACCUUUUUUUUAAUGUUUUCUAAAUAAUCGUACUACAGAAUGAAAUUUAUAAUAAUUA